UCGUCUACACCGUUACGUGCAAAUGAGGAGGAGUUUUUGAGGUGGUUGGUUCGAAAGAUAACUACUUACAUAAGACUGUAAAGCUAUCUAUAUCGAGUUAUCUUUCGAACUUUGUAAGUAAUUAUCUUGCUACAAGUAUAUAUGUAGACGGCGAUUCGGUUUUCCAGACAGUCGAAACAAUGAGGUUGCUAGCCGUGGUCCUCUUGUUUGCUUUGGCUUUUGCCAAGCACGAGAAAUAUGAGGGGUGGAAGUCCUACUACGUGGGACCAGCAUCCGCUGAACAGCUGAAGGCUCUCGCACCGAUCCUCGACCAGUACUCCGUUGAUGUCCUGAGUCACCCCAUCGUUCAACGUGAGGGCGUUGUUCUAGUCGCGCCGAAACAUCAAGCCGGAUUCACCAAGGCUUUAGAAGAUUUGGCUAUCGACUACAAAGUGCAUGCUGAGAAUGUAAAAGCUGCCUUGGACUACGACGACACACUGAUUGCGGCGAAGAAGGCACGCGACUUGAUGAGGAAUGGCGGUAAAAGCCUCCCUUAUGACAACUAUCAGAGUCUAGAAACGAUCGACGCUUACGUCAUCGAUAUUGCCGCUCGUUUUCCUGACACCGUCACUUUGGUCAGUCCCGCAAAUUCUUUCGAAGGUCGCCCCAUCUACUAUCUGAAGAUUUCCACCACCAACUUCCAAGAUGAGAGAAAACCCGUGAUCUUUAUUGAUGGCGGUAUCCACGCCAGGGAGUGGAUCUCCCCACCUUCGGUUACUUGGAUGAUUCAUAAGUUGACUGAAGACGUGACUGAGCCGGACCUUCUGGAGAACUUUGAUUGGAUCAUCCUGCCUGUUGUUAAUCCUGAUGGAUAUGUAUUCACACACACAUCGGAACGAUUCUGGCGCAAAACACGCUCAACUGACACCAAUGCUUUGAGCGGCUUAUGUCCUGGAGUAGAUGGCAACCGCAACUAUGACUUCUUCUGGAACACUGUUGGCACCAGCAACUCACCUUGCGCAGACACGUACGCCGGGAACCGAGCCUUCUCUGAGAUCGAGACUAGAGUAGUGAGGGAUCUACUUCACGAAUACCUUCAUCGCAUGGCUUUGUACUUGACAAUGCACAGUUACGGUAGCAUGAUCCUCUACGGAUGGGGCCAUGACGGUUCUCUAUCUCCUAAUGCUUUCGCUCUACAUACUGUUGGUGUGAAUAUGGCUACCGCUAUUGAUGCCCGGAAACUACCUAACUUCCCUAACUAUAUCGUCGGCAACGCUGUCUUGGUGCUCUGGUAUGGCACGUCUGGUGCCUCUGAGGACUAUGCGCAUCUGAUCGGAGUCCCGUUGUCUUAUACUUAUGAGUUACCUGGUCUCCAGGGUGGUUUCCAAGGAUUCCAUCUGGAUCCUAUCUACAUCGAGCAGGUCUGCCGCGAGACGUGGGAGGGUAUUGUUGUGGGAGCCAGAAGGGCAGGAGAGUUGUUUAGAUGAAAGAUUAUUUUAUUAAAUAUAAUUAUGCUUUUGGGAUUUGUAUUUAAUAUUUGAACACAAAAUUUAUUUCA